AUGGCCAUUGUAAAACUCGUUAAGAACAAGGCUUAUUUUAAACGCUUUCAAGUCAAAUUCAAGAGGCGAAGAGAGGGAAAAACUGACUACUAUGCUCGCAAACGUCUGAUUUGGCAGGAUAAAAACAAAUAUAAUACACCUAAAUACCGUCUGGUGGUCCGUUUUACAAAUAAGGACAUAAUCUGUCAGAUUAUCUAUGCACGCAUUGAUGGAGACCGUGUAUUAUGCUCCGCCUAUUCUCACGAAUUACCUCGAUAUGGCGUUAAGGUGGGACUGACUAAUUAUUCCGCCGCCUACUGUACUGGCCUCCUCUGUGCUAGGCGCGUAUUAAAGCAACUAGGCUUGGAUGGCCUGUAUGCUGGAGCUGAGAAAGUUGAUGGGCAAGAAUAUCAUGUAGAAUCUAUUGACGGGGAAAAGUCUGCUUUCAGGUGUCAUCUUGACAUUGGUCUUGCAAGGACUUCAUCGGGUGCCAACAUUUUCGGAGCUCUUAAAGGGGCCGUAGAUGGUGGUCUAGACAUACCUUACUCACCUAGUAGAUUCCCGGGUUACAACCAGGAGUCUAAAGAGUACAAUGCUGAGGUUCAUCGAGCCCGUAUACUAGGUCAUCAUGUCGCCGAGUAUAUGAAACAACUUCAAGAGGAAAGCGAAACUGAUUAUCAGCGUCAGUUCAGUGGAUACAUAAAACAUGGGAUCACUGCUGAUAAAAUUGAGACAAUGUACCUCUCAGCUCAUGCAGCAAUUCGAGCAGACCCCUCGCAUGUAACCAAAGAAACAAGGGACGUCCAACGGAAGAGAUUUAAUCGCAGAAAAUUGUCUUCCAAACAAAGAAAGGAACGUGUCCGACAGAAGAAGGCUCACUAUCUCUCUCAGCUCAAAAAAGAAAUAGCCGCUGCUGAAUAG